CGCGCCCGUGUCACUCAAGCUUUCUCUUUCAUCCAUCAUGUUGUCCGUUCUUGAAGCUCGACAGACCCAACUGGGCCUGGCAUUACUUGGGGUAGUUGCUGUCGCCUGGUUCGUUUGCAGCACAGUCGUCUCCUAUCGCAAGCUUCGCCACAUUCCUGGGCCCUGGCUUGCUUGCUUCUCUCAGCUAUGGAUCUUCAACGUCACCUCGAAAGGAGACCUAUAUCUCACCAUGGAAGAGGUUUUACAGAAGUACGGAUCUCCCGCGAGGAUAGGCCCCAACAUGAUAAUGACCGACGAUCCCGAGUUCGUUCGGGUCAUAACAGCUCCCCGCUCCCCGUUCAGGAGAGGUCAUUGGUAUAAAGGCAUGAAGAUUGACCCGCGGAUCAACAACCUCCUGUCCGAGCAGGACGAGAGACGCCACGCAGAGCUGAGGGCGAAGAUGAUGCCGGGAUAUACGGGAAAGGAAGUGCCCAACCUCGAAGACAAGAUCGACGACCGGGUCCUCGACCUGGUCAAUCUGAUCCAGCGAGAAGGGGUCGAGAAACGCGCCCCGAUCGACUUUGCCGUGUUUGCGCAGUACUUCACCCUCGACAGCCUCACACAUAUCGCAUUCGGCCAUCCGUUUGGCUUCCUGAUCGAGAACAAAGAUCUCUACGACUACAACAAGUCCAGCACGGCGUUUUUCCCGGUCAUGGAACUGGGCACGAACCUGCCGCUCAUCCACUCGAUCCUAUCGAGCUCGCUGAUGCAAGCCCUCGCGGGGCCCAAGCCGGAGGACAAGGCAGGGCUCGGGGCCAUCAUCGGCAUCGCGCAGAAGAUCGUCGCGGAUCGGUUCAACCCGAACUCGGAGGCCAAGAAUGAGAGGGACAUGCUCAACUCGUUCAUCAGACACGGCCUGACCCAGCUGGAGGCAGAGUCCGAGUCUCUCCUGCAGAUCCUCGCAGGCUCGGAUUCAACCGCCACCACCAUCCGCAUGACGUUCAUGUACAUCCUGACCAACCCGGCCGUGUACGCGAAACUGCGCGGCGAGAUCGACGGCGCCAUCGGCGGCGGCCAAAUCUCGUUCCCCGUGGUCACCCACGCCGAGGCGACCCAGAGCCUGCCGUACCUGCAGGCGUGCAUCAAGGAAGGGCUGCGGCUGUGGCAGCCGCUGAACGGGAUGCAGACCAAGCUGUCGCCGCGCGACGAGGAGGUGGUGGUCGGCGGCGUGCGCAUCCCGCCCGGCACGCAGGUCGGGCUGAGCCAGCACGCCAUGAUGCGCAGGAGGGACCUGUUUGGCGCCGACGCCGCCGUCUUCCGGCCCGAGCGCUGGCUCGAGGCCGACCCGGACACGGCCAGGGCGUACGAGCGCGUCUGGGAGCUGUCGUUCGCGGCGGGCAGGUUCACCUGUCUCGGCAAGGGGAUCGCCCUGAUGGAGUUGAACAAGGUGUUUGUCGAGCUCUUCCGCCGCUUUGAUUUUGGUAUUGUCAACCCGGUCAACACCAUGGAGACCAAAUGCCACCAGAUUCACGUUCAACGGAAGAUGUAUCUCCACGUCACAGCUCGUGCAACUUGAAAGGGACCAAGAGAAUCGGAUUAUGCUCAUUCCUAUCAUUUAAAGCACUAGUGCCCAAUGUUUGCAUGCAAAGUACAAAACACC